CCACACUUCACGAGAGACCAACUCCUUCACCCGUUCCACAGUCAACCCAAUGGACCUGCCAUAACCCAAUACUUUGUCAAUUCCGCCAAAAGGAGCUGCGAUCAACCGAAAAUCGCACUCCCAAGACCAUGUCGAACUUCAAGCGUGCUCCCGUGCAUGCUGGCGGUCCAGGCAGGAGCAGUAUCCUGUCAUCCUUGAAGGUCACAGAGAUGGUUGAGAGCAAGCCAGUUCUACCCGCGGAGAUCAUAUCGACUAUUCUAGACUAUUUGCCUAUUCCAGAUCUUAUGAGCUUUGCCCAGACCUCAAAGCGAAUGCUGGAGAUGGUAUACGAGGAUUCGAGAUGGGUACAAAGGUUACAAGUCAUGGGUGUCUGGAAUGAGGGCGAGGCGAGGAAGAGGUUCGAAGAGGCGUUGAAAAGGAAGAGGGAAAUUAUGCGGCUACGAGCAGAGGAAGAGGGCAAACGGACCGGAAUCGGGGUCAAUGGAGGUUCAGACAUAAGAAAGACCAGCACGACACUUUUUGAUGCAGGGGUGGAAGAGGAACGGCAGAUGCGGUCUGUGGAAGUAGCUUCGAAAGCUCCCAGAACAUCUAUAGAUGGCUUUGAGACCUUGACUCUAUCGUCGACAGCUCAGCCCUCCAAUAACUCCGCCGCUCGAGCUGCAAUGUUGGACCCUGAAGCACUAUUGAAUAUCUUCUCGGGGGUCAAGUCGAUACGGGGGUCUGCUAGGCAGGAAUAUGCGAAGAUCUAUGCAGCUUUGGCACCAUUUUAUUUCGAUCUGGCAAGGUCGAGAAGCCACAUGGAUCCAGUCAUAUUCAGGGUGUAUCGUGAUCCUGAGCAACAAGCCCAGAUGCUGGCACAUCUACAGAUAUUUGCCCGAAGUGACUGGGCGCAAGGGUGGAGACAGAGGGAGGAGAAGCUCAUUACCAUGGUUGGGAUAUUCGAAAAUGCUGUGCUGCGAGAGUUUGAGCAAGGUUAUGAGGCAAUGGAUAUCGAUGGUCGAAUGCGUCGGUAUGCUCACGUGUUAGCCGUUCUGAACGGCGGCCAUGCAGGCAUAGAGCUGUUUGUGCAGAAACAUCCUAUGUUCUCUGAUCGAGACUAUCUUGGCAACUCGAUGGAUUGUAUCAAUCAAGCCUCAUCGGACGGGGUAGCAUUGGAGCCUUCGUGCCAAUUUUUGGAGAAGCUCUUUAAGAAGAUCAAUGAACAGUCUGAUGUCAUUGACCGAGUUUUCCCUCCUGGCGAGGAUGUCUUUCAAUUAUUUUUGGACAAGAUUGCGGAAGAUAUUCUUAUGGAAUACGUCACGCCCUUGUUCGACGAAUGUCAUGAACGAAGUAUCCCUUCAUAUUUAAAAGCAGUCUCUGGGCUUUUUGAACAGACUAUACGAUUUGGUGCCAGUCUUCGGCCAACGAAGAAUUCUGGAGAUGAUUUUGCUGUCAAAGUGAAAGCUGUUCUUGCAAGAGUCUUCGAGCCGCAUGUGGAUUUAUACCUCCAAGACGAAUUAGAUCAUUUCAAAAAGAAAGCGGAAGCAGAGGUGGGUAUCUGGGAGAGUAAGCUAUCUGCUCAAGAUGCUACUACCGAAUCAUUUUUUAUGGCCAAUGUCAAUCGGCAAGCCGACAAAAAGGAUUUCUUGAGCUCCUUCAAGAAAGUCGUUAUGAUGCCUGUCAACGUUCUUCCCAGCUUACCGAUAUCUUCACCCUUUGGGGCCACGAAGGCUUUGUCUCCUGGUAUGCCAGCCAAUCGAUCUAGUUUACAAGUAUCUCCAGCUCCGUCAAGACCGCAGACUCCGGGUCUUGGUGUUGCAGGUAACCGUGCAUCUACACCAACGCCACUACCUGCGGACGCCCCUACGGACGAGCUGGCCGCCAAAGCGGCUCUGAUGGCCUCGAGACUGGAAGGCAUACGUUCCCUGUUCAGCAUUGAGGUUGCCCUUGAUCUGACUCAUGCUGCGAAAGCAAGCAUCGAGCGAGCUGCUCUUUUCGUCCGCCUUGGUGGUCAGACCGGGGAAGAAGCUCGAGAGCAAUGCGAAGCUAUUUUUGUCGCCCUGCUUCAAAUCCUAGGAAACCGCCACGUAAAAAUAGGUUUCGACAAAGCUGUGGAGCAUUUGUCAAAGUACAAUCCUCGAGAAGUCAGUGAGCAUCAGCAGGGAGUUGCACCCUUAGUAACUUUCUUGGAGCUUGUAAAUGUCGGUGACUUGAUCUCGCAAAUGAUUGAUGUCUUUUACGAGCAACAACUCGCUGCGACGAGACUAGCCGAUCGCAAUGACUUCCUCGAUCCUGCAGUCAAAGCUAAGAAGAACUUCGAGCACAUGCUAGAUGAGCGUGUGGCAGCUGGACUGAACAAGGGUAUAGAUGUCCUCAUGGACGAAGUCGAAUACCUUUGCGCAACACUCCAGCAGCCAACAGACUAUAACCCUGUUCCAGCAGCUGAUCCACGGCUGCAAACAUUCGAAGUGGGCUCCACCAAAGCUGCCGAGAAAGUCGUCCAUCUCGUCGAAUCCCACACUAAGAUGUUGACCGGCAGCACGGAUAAAAAUAUGCUCGAUGUUUUCAACCAAGAAGUCGGUCUGCGCCUCUUCACUGCCAUCUGCAAGCACCUCAAGCGUCAACGCGUUAGCGUCGACGGUUCAAUGCGUCUCAUAUCCGACAUGAAUCUCUACUUCGUGUACAUACGUACAUUGAAGAAUCAGGACCUGCUGGAGUACUUCAAAGCAUUGCGGGAACUUAGCCAGAUUUAUUUGAUUGAUCCGAAGCAUGCGAAGGAAAUGGCGGAGGUCAUUGCGGAUGGAGAUCGCUUUCAUGGCAUCUUUCGAGCCGAGGAGGUUUAUGAAUUUGCCGAGAGGAGGGCAGAUUGGUAUUCGGUCAAGAGGGAUGUGGAAAGGGCAAUGUACGGGAUUGGAUGUGGGAUUAUGUGAAAUGUAGAUCGAUCAGAUAGAUACCUAAAUUUGGAAAGGCUUGACCCCU